UGCUGAGUGGAGUGUCACUCGAGGGCUUGUCCGCCUCUCGCGUUGUUUGGUCGGGUCUUGCCUUUCUCUCGGCGGUGGGUCGGAGCCGCUGGCCUCGCAACGUUUUCUGUUUUCAAUUCGAUGCCUUGGUUGUAAAAUACGCUUUAUGAACGGUAGCACACAGGCUUCCACACAGCGUUCCUACACGUUUAAUAUCCUUUCUCGGUGUUUUUGCAUCCGUGACCGUUAAAUCGCGGCGAGAUGGCGGUGGUGAGCGGGUCGUCCGGGCCGGUCGCCCGGCUCGAGGGCCGAGAAUUCGAGUACGUGAUGAAGAAGCGGUCGGUGACCAUCGGACGGAACUCUUCGCAGGGCUCCGUGGACGUCAGCAUGGGCCACUCCAGCUUCAUAUCGCGGCGGCACCUGGAGAUAUUCACAGUGACCGACGACGGGCCGGGCGGCGACUUCUACCUGCGGUGUCUGGGCAAAAACGGCGUGUUUGUGGACGGAGUGUUCCUGAGACGCGGCGCCCCCCCUCUGCAGCUCCCACGGGCGUGUACGUUCCGCUUCCCCAGCACCAACAUAAAGAUCAGCUUCACUGCGUUGUCCAGCGGCAAGAAGACGAAGAGGGAGGCGCCCGAGUCCCCCGUGAAGCCGGCCCAGCCGCACAUCGCCCCACUGACCAUAAACAUCCCGGACAACAUCGCCCACCUCAUGAGCCCCCUGCCCUCGCCCACGGGCACAAUCAGGUAACACCCCUACCCUACCUACGCCAAACAAACGGUCGGUCAGUCAGUUUGUUAAAUAGUCACCCAGACAGUUUGUUACAUAGGCACCAAGCAAAUUGGUUAAACAGUUGGUCCAUGGUGCCAGGGGUCCAGAAUUGAAUCUUCUAUGUUGGUCUGGAUUCGAGAAAAUGACAUGUUUUAAGUGGAGAUAUUCCAGGAAGAACCACAGCCACAAAUAACAGCAGCAUUGACAAACAGGAACCAAGCUAACGCAACAUCAAAAGUCAAAAACAAACAUCUCAGACAGGUGUUUUAAGAAUAUUAAAGAAACAAACAGACAUUUUACUGUGGUCUGAUCUAAUGGAAUGGAACAUAUUUAGGACAAUCUGAUGUCUCUCACCACCACCCAAGACAUGCACAUGAGUUCACCUCAUUAUCCAAUAUUUCACUGCCAUCCCUUUGCUCAAUAGAAUCCAAAAAAGGGUCCCCAAGCCUUUUCAAAAGUGUCUUGUUUACCAAAUAACAAUGUAUUCUAUCCUUCCCAUAUUAUGCCUGUUCACACUUUUCCAAGCAAGAGUUAUGAAGCGCUUUGCUUGCAACAAGUACAUAUCUAAAAGUGUUGGUACUUUUAUAGUUUAGGAUUGAUU